AUGGCAUCAACGAGCAUGGCAUCAACAUCAACAAAGAACAUCAAUCUCAAGAGUUCUGAUGGUGAGAUUUUUGAAAUCGAAAAGGGCGUGGCGUUGGAAUCACAAACCAUCAAGUAUAUGAUUGAGGAUGAUUGCGCUGAUGAAACUGGAAUCCCUCUUCCAAAUGUAACCAGCAAGAUUUUGGCAAAAGUGAUUGACUACUGCAAGAAGCAUGUAGAGGCUGCAAAUCGGGAUGAAAGGUCCGUAGAUGAGGAUGAUCUCAGGACUUGGGAUGCUGAAUUUGUCAAGGUUGAUCAAAAUACACUCUUUGAUCUCAUUUUGGCUGCAAACUACUUGGACAUCAAGAGUCUCUUAGAUCUUACAUGUAAGACUGUGGCGAACAUGAUGAAGGGUAAGAAACCGGAGGAGAUUCGCAAGACUUUUAACAUUAAGAAUGACUACACUAAGGAGGAGGAGGAUGAAGUUCGUUGCGAAAAUCAAUGGGCUUUUGAAUGA